CGGUUGUUUCUACAGAAACGGGUUGUUGACCCUUUACAGGGUAACGCUGAGCUAAAACCAGUGUUCUGCAGUCAAUGAGCCACCGUGUCGUUAAGCAGCUGGAUAAGCUACAUUACUGUGUGGUACUUCACCGUAGCAUCAUCUCCCCCUGGCUGUGGCUGAGUCUCUUACAGGCGUGACUAUGUAUGGAGCUCCUGUGGAUUUAUCUUUUAAAAACAUCAGCAGUUUGACAGACACAUGGAUAGAGGAGCCCAACAGAGGUCUGCGGCCUUUAAAGAGAAAUUCAGAGAUGAAAUACCUCAGCUGCUCCCUGCGCCUCAGUAACAACAACAUCACUGAACUUCAUGACCUCCAGAAGACUAUCAGCCAUUUCCUGGCUGAGCCGACACAUCUCACCUGGCUGGAUCUUUCCUUCAACAAAAUCACACAUAUAGACCACGUCUUGUGUGAGCUGCGUGAACUGCGUGUGUUGUACCUUCAUGGAAACAGCAUUUUUAUUCUGUCAGAGGUGGACAGGUUGGGAGUGCUGCCACAUCUGCACUCCAUCACCCUGCAUGGAAAUGUCAUAGAAACCAACAAAAAUUACAGGAAUCGUGUGAUUUCCGUCUUGCCCCGGUUAAAGACGAUGGACUUCAGUGCUGUAACGCGACAGGAGCGAGUCUUAGCAAAGAUCUGGCAUCGGAGCGGCAAGGUUAACCUGCAGUGACUGCUGCCUCUUCUCCAGUGUGGCUUGUCUAAAUUCAUACUAUAAUCUGUUUGUCCAGUGCUCCACGUUCACUGCUGGAUCACUGAGUACUCAAUAAGUGUGUUUGUGCACAGUAACUGCCAUGUCAGCACCACUGUCAGCGCUUUAGCCAUGCAAAAACAAAAUACACAACCAGCACAAUUUACUGAAGUGAUUUAAAAAGAUUUAGUAUUAUUGUAUAAAAAAUCUGAGUGCAGUAGAA